CACGCCCACUAUAAUAAGCCACAGUCUAUGGUCAAAUGAUUGCGACAUUAUACCGAUCUUUUAAAUCAUAAUGUUGUAGCGGAUAAAACGUGGAAAAUUAUCUACAAGACCAAAUACACAAGUGUGAUUACAGCAUGGGCUCCCUAAUGAAACGGAACCUUCUCCGUCUGGUGACUGGUUCCCGAUCAAGGUAUCAAUCAACUGCUACUGUUAUGAAAGAAUGGAAUGAAGAGUAUCAACGCCAAGUGUUAACACAAGAGGAAGUGACGUCAUUUAACAAUGACGGAUACUUAGUGCUGAGAAAUUUCUUGACCGAAGAAGAAAAGCAAAACGUCAAAAAGUGGGGAGACGAAAUUCAAGCAUGGCCGGAAACUGCCAACAAGUGGUUUUCUUAUUUCGAAACUGUAAAUGGAAAGAAAACAUUAUGUCGAACAGAAAAUUUUAUUCCAUACCAUGAAGGUAUGAGAAACCUUAUUGAAAAUAAAAUCACAUCCUGUAUAUCGGACUGUUUUGAUGAACACUCAUGCUUGUUUAAAGAAAAAGUAAAUUACAAACUGCCGAAUGGAGGAGCGUUUCCGCCGCACCAAGACGCGCCUGCGUAUGUCACAUUUGACCAAAAACUACACAUUACCGCCAUGGUUGCCAUUGAUGAAAUGACGGUAGAAAAUGGUUGUCUAGAACUAGUUUCCGGUCGUCAUAAAGAAGGCGUGCUACGUCAGGAGGAAAGUGGUAAUAUACACCCUGACGUCGUUGAAACGAUGGACUGGAAGUCAGCUCCUUGCGAAGCAGGCUCUAUAAUGAUUUUUAAUGCGUUUGUUCCUCAUAGGUCUGCAAAAAAUAUGACGAAUAAAGCCCGCCGGGUAUUUUAUUUAACUUUUAAUGCCGUCAGUGAUGGAGGCUAUCUUAGAAAUGCUUAUUAUGGUCACAAAAGACAAAUGUUUCCACCGGAAGCGGAAAGAAUAAGUGGUGUUGACUAUAGUGAAGGUGCUAAAAUUUAUAAUCUUGCAACGCCAAUAACAAACAAGAAAGAUUAAGCUUGCAACCCAAAUAACAACUAAGAAAGACUAAGCUUGCAAUGCAAAAAUUGAGUUGUGAGGAAUUCGGACGACUAACAUUCUUGAUGAUUUUAUUUAUAUUUGAAAGAAGUCUUUAAUGAAAAAUGAAAGACAAAGAUGAUGUUGUCACCCUGACGUGGCUCCCGACAAAAUCGGGAAACGGAUGGACUCACUGCAUAUCUGCUUUGUGUGGAAUAGCUGUUUCUAGCAGGGAGCUGUUGACAAAUGUUUGGUGCAAUCUGGUCGGAUACUGCUGAUACCUGUUUAAAGCAAUUGGGCCGGAAGCUGUUGUCCUUCAAACUGAUCAAUGUCUAUACUGUUAUGCUCUUAUCAGUGAUCGAAUGACGUUAGUUGUUCACCAAAAUUACAUGCUGUAAUAAAAAAUUGAAUACUAUUUAA